AUGACUUCUAUUAAAUAUUGCUUUCCAGCAGAUGGACGGUGUUUCUGGAAUAUAAAUACAUCGGAGGGACAUCUUAUUAUAUCUCCAGAUUGUAAGGCAGAAGAUACCGACAUUCCACAAUAUUCUCCCAAAGUCACCUCUGAUUGGUUGGUUAGAUCAUCAGAUCCUUCUAAUCCUGAGGAACCUUCUGAGGAAUCCCAUACUAUGACAUCAGAGGUCCAUCCAAGUUCUCACAGUGCUGACAGAUCACCAGAUCCCCAGAUAUCGUCUUCAAGCCAUAAGAAGGUUCACACAGGAGAGAGUUCAUUGUCAUGUUCAGAGUGCGGGAAAUGUUUCAAAUGCAAAAAAGAUCUUAUUGUACACCAGAGAAGUCACACUGGUGGGCGUCCUUUUCUUUGUUCAGAGUGCGGAAAAUCUUUCACUACAAACAGAAACCUUCGCAGGCACCAGAAAAUUCACAGGGGUGAGCGUCCUUUCUCUUGUUCAGAGUGCAGGAAAUGUUUCAAAUGCAAAAAAGAUCUUAUUGUACACCAGAGAAGUCACACAGGUGAGCGUCCUUUCCUUUGUUCAGAGUGCGGAAAAUCUUUCCCUACAAACAAAAACCUUCGCAGGCACCAGAAAAUUCACACCGGUGAGCGUCCUUUUUCAUGUCCAGAUUGCAAGAAAAGUUUCGGUCGGAAAUCAGUCCUGGUUUCUCAUCAAACAAUUCAUAGGGGUGAGCGUUCUUUCUCUUGUUCACAGUGCGGGAAAUGUUUCAAAUGCAAAAAAGAUCUUAUUGUACACCAGAGAAGUCACACUGGUGAGCGUCCUUUCCUUUGUUCAGAGUGCGGAAAAUCUUUCACUACAAACAAUUACCUUCGCAGGCACCAGAAAAUUCACACGGGUGAGCGUCCUUUUUCAUGUCCAGAUUGCAAGAAAAGUUUUGUUCGGAAAUCAGCCCUGGUUUCUCAUCGAAGAAUUCAUACGGGUGAGCGUUCUUUCUCUUGUUCAGAGUGCGGGAAAUGUUUUGUCAACAAAAGAGCCCUUAUUAUACACCAAAGAACUCACACAGGUGAGCGCCCUUUUUCUUGCUCAGAUUGCGGGAAAAGUCUCCCUACAAAACAAGCACUUUUUAUACAUCUGAGAAUUCACACGGGUGAACGUCCUUAUUCAUGUUCAGAGUGUGGGAAAAGUUUCACUCUUAAAGGACAACUUGUUGCACACCAGAAAAUUCACACGGGUGAACGUCCUUUCUCUUGCUCAGAUUGCGGGAAAUGUUACCUUAAAAAAGUAAACCUUACUGCACACCUGAGAAUUCACACUGGUGAACGUCCUUUCCCUUGUUCGGAGUGCGGAAAACGUUACUUUAUAAAACGAAGACUUCUUAUACACCAGAGAACUCACACUGGCGAGCGUCCUUAUUCAUGCUCAGAGUGCGGGAAAUCUUUUGCUCAGGAAGGAACUUUUGUUGAACAUCAGAGACUUCACACAGGUGAGCGUCCUUAUUGGUGUUCAGAGUGCGGAAAAACCUUCCUUCAUAGAGGAUACCUUGCUAAACAUCGGAGAAUUCACACAGGUGAACGCCCUUAUGCCUGUCCACAGUGCGGGGAAUCUUUCUCUUAUAAAGCAGCCCUUGUUAAGCAUCAGAGAAUUAACACAGGUGAGCGUCCCUAUUCAUGUUCAGAGUGCGGGAAAUCUUUCACUAUGAAAGGAAACCUUGUGCAACACCAGAGAUUUCACACAGGAGAAAGUCCUUAUUUAUGUUCAGAGUGCGGGAAAUCUUUCAAACAUAAGGGAAGCCUUCUGAAACACCACAGAAAACACACCACAGAGCGGCCUCAUUGCAUUCAGAGUUUGGGAAAUGAAUUACAUAGAAAAGAAGGCGGAGACAUCACAGAGAAAUCUCUUGCUGAUUGAUUGACAAAUGUACGAUAACUUUUCCAGGUGGAACUGUUGAGUCCAUGGAACAGCUGGAGGAUAAGAAAUAGUUUGUUAGAGGGGUACAUCCCGGCAGAAGUGAUAUUUCAUUUAUAGGAGGAGUUUGAUGGACCGAGUCUUCUUCUAUUUUGUGACGGAACUCCUUGGCAUCCCUCUUGGGUGUUUCCACCAAACCGUGCCUCCUGCCCUCCAAACCGUUCCAGCAGACCGGGACCCAAUAUCAGCCCUUUUACCCCAAAUGUCGGACACAGACAAGAUUUUGCAGUAGAACCAAAGGAUUGACAGUUUAUUAAACAGAAGUACGGGUUUUAUACACUUCAAAAGUAGGGCAGUCACCACAUGGACAAUAAAACCAAAUUUUACCCAAAACAUCACACAGUGGUUUAGAUAACGAGAUGGAGUUGACACAAGGUUAAUUCCAUCAUAAGUACCUCCUAGAGAUAGCCAAAUUAUCCAACAGACAGAAACAAUAGAUGACUUAUUUAACAAUGGGAUUUCACACAUAGACAAUGCUUUGAUUAAUCAGGGAUCCCAGACUGUCCGGCAACAGCAUUCAAGAAAACCCAGGGCUGUCCAAAUCUCAUUAACCAGCUUUCUUUUCACAUACAUCUGCUCACUGAGUUUGAAGUUAGCAGAGACCAUCAUCGGACACAGACAAGAUGUUGAGGUAGAACCAAAGGAUUGACCGUUUAUUGAACAGAAGUACGGAUUUCUAUACACUUCAAAAGUAGGGCAGUCACCCCAUGGACAAUAAAACCAAAUAUUACCCAAAACAUCACACAGUGGUUUAGAUAACGAGCUAACAUUGAACAUAGUUACAUAGUAGGUGAGGUUGAAAAAAGACACAAGUCCAUUAAGUCCAUCCUAUGUGUGUUAUUAUAUGUCUGUAUUACAUUGUAUAUCCCUGUAUGUUGUGGUCGUUAAGGUGCUCCUCCCCCGCUGAGACCACCGCCUUUGG